AUGGGGAAUGUGUCGCCCACUCCACACCAGCUUCUCACAGAAGCUAUCAUCUUUUGGGCCAUCGGUCUUGUUAUUUAUAUUGGCAGGAUUGCAGCUCGAAUCAUUGCCAAUGGAUCAAUCAAACGUCUAUUUGUGGACGAUUAUGUGAUGACAGCAACCUUUGCGAUCUAUACCACCCUUCUAGUGCUCAUACAGAUAUCGGCGCGCUAUGCAACAAACCUCAUGGACCCGAAGGACUACAGCGAGGUGUUGGCGGACCCAAAACAGGUCAGUGAUAGGAUAUACGGAAGCAAGGUCGUCAUUGGGUUGGAGCAGUGCAUGUUGUUCUCCACCUGGGGAGUGAAGACAUGCAUGCUCAUGCUCUACUGGCGAAUUACACAAAACCUGCGAUCAAACCUCUACAUCAAGAUCCUCGCGGUCUAUACGGCAGUGGGAUUCGUGGUUAUCAUGGUCACCUACUAUGCAGUAUACUGCCGACCCUUUUCGCAAUACUGGGCUAUGCCGGUGGACAAUAUGCAGUGCGCCACAUACCAGCGCUACUCGAUUACACAGGCGGUCUUCAAUAUCUCCUCGGACGCCGUGAUGUUCGCCAUCCCAAUCCCCCUCCUCAUCAAAGCACAACUCAAACGCCGCAGAAAGUUCGUCCUGAUUGGUGUCAUGAGUCUGGGCUUGUUCACUAUCAUUGCCGCAAUCCUGAACAAAUUCUUCAACUUUGCCUCUCCGCUCACAACAACCUAUCAAAUCUGGUACAUCCGUGAAGCAAGUACCGCGAUCUACGUGGCCAAUCUAAUGUGCUGGUGGCCUCUCCUACGGAAGCUCUUCGGCCUCAAAGCUUUCCAGUACAACAGCAACCGGGGCCAGCGGCCCGGAAACCAAAACAAUAAAAACAAAGAUAGCAACGGCUACGACACAUCCAAUGGCUCGCAGUCCCGUCCAUCAUUCACUUUCCCCAAGUCAUGGAGGCCGCCUUGUCGCCGGGGUAUCAAGAACGCAACACCUGUUCCACAGGGCGUUGGUCAGCGCUCGAGUACGGAUCCAAUCAACCGAUCCAAUACAUCCAAUACCGAAUUCACUGAUGACGUGCACCGUAUUGAGGGUGUUCCUUUGGGGAACUGGAACAAAAAUGACAAUAUUCCCAUGACUCAGGCUUUGGACAAGCCAUCCUCGAAGCGAGAUAACUUCGCAGAUGAUUUUAUGCAUUCUGAAAGCGAGUAUGAUUCUCAGUUCGAUCCCAAGCGGCAUGCACGGUCGCCCUGUUGA